GCGGAACCGCCGCUUCCGACCUCCUGUCUUGGGCCCACCUCCACAGCUGCGACAAGUCCUACUAUUCGGCUCUUGACCUCUCGCUUCGAGCAUUUCUCGGUGCCAAAAUGCCUUCUGAAGCUCUACAGACUGUUAACAGAAUGAGAGAGUGUGGGCUCACUCCAAGCUUGUCGGCGCUUGCUCUUUUGAUUAGACUGCUGUUUCGGGUAGGUGAAGAGGUUAAAGCUUGGAACUUGUUUAAAGAUAUGUUGGCUAAAGGGCCGUGCCCGAGUUUGAAGACAUUCAAUGCCAUGAUUCUAGGGUUUUGCCGAAAAGGGUCUGUUGGGAUUGCGUUGGGGCUACUUGGGUUGAUGUCAAAAUUUGAUCUUGAGCCGGAUGCUUGUAGUUUUAAUAUUGUGGUUAAGGCGCAUUGUGUGGUGGGGCGGACUGGGGACGCAUUUAAGGUGUUUGCGUUAAUGCUUCAGUGGGGUUACUCGCCGAGUGUUGUGACAUAUAAUAUAUUGGUUGAUGCUUUGUGUAGAGAAGGGAGAGUUGAGGAUGCGAGAGGGUUGUUCGAUGAGAUGGAGAGAGAGGGGAUCGAGGGGAACACAAUUACAUAUAAUGCUCUUAUUAGUGGGUAUGUUAAGGCUGGAAAGCUUGAAAAGGCCGAAGAGGUUUAUGGAGAGAUGAAGGUGAGAGGCUUGGUGCCAGAUUGCUAUACGUUUAACAUUCUUUCUUCUGGCUACUCUAAAUUCCGGAGGGAUUGGAGGGGAGAAAGCAGGAAAUUGAUGAACCACAUGUUGAGCCUUGAAGUUUUACCUGAAGAGUCAAGGUUGGAUGUGUUGGUUUCAAGCUAUUGUUUGAAUGAGCAGAUAGAGGAUGCACGAGAGUGGCUACAAUGUGCGAUUGAGGAUGGAGUGCCAGGGAGCAUUGCUAGGUUUAACUCGAUCAUUGCUGCCUAUAGCAAAAGGGGAAUGGUGGAUGAGGCUCUAAAGUUUUACCAUGUAAUGGUUGAAAAUGGCCUUUCACCUUCAGCUGCCACUUGCAAUUCUUUGCUUAUUGGAUUAUGCAAGAGCGGGAGGUUGGAUGAACCCCAAGAACUGAUGGAUAGAAUGGUUGAGAGGGGAUUUUGUGUGAAUUUAUCAGCUUACACAAUUUGUAUAGUUAGCUAUUUUAGGGCAGGGGAUGUUGGUGGGGCUCGAAAUUGUUGGGAUGAGAUGGAGAGACAAGGUAUUUAUCCUGAUGUAAUUGCCUACUCAGCCUACAUAAAUGGCUUUUGCCGAGCUAACUAUGCGAACGAGGCACUAGAUGCCUUUUAUGAAAUGGGUAGAAGAGGACUAAUUCCUAAUAACUUUGUUUACAAUUCUCUAAUUUCGGGACUUUGUAGGAUUGGUAAUGUAGAAGAGGCGUUGAAAUUGGAGUGGGAGAUGAGGGAGAGUGGACUUGUUCCUGAUAUCUUCACUAGCAAUAUAAUCAUUGAUGGAUACUGCAGGGAGAGAAUGUUGGACAAAGCUAUUUACAAGCUGAAGGAGACAUAUGCGAAUGGCAUGGUUCCUGACAUAGUGACUUACAAUACUUUCAUCAGUGCGUAUUGCAAGGAUUCUGAUCUAGGAAGUGCUGUGAAUUUCCUUAACAGAAUGCAUUUAGAAGGUUGGGAACCAGAUAUCUUCACUUAUAACAUAUUGAUCCAUGCUCUCUGCUGUAGCCAUACUAUGGGUGAAGCAAUGGGGAAGCUUGAUGAGCUCGUCUCAGUUGGUCUAGUUCCUAAUUCAGUAACUUGCAACACAGUGAUGAACGGAAUUUGCGUUGAUGUUCUUGAUCGUGCUAUUAUAAUGACUGGGAAGUUGCUUAAGAUGGCCUUUGUACCCAACGCUAUCACCGUUAACCUUAUACUCUCUCAUUUCUGCAAGCAAAAGAUGGCUAAAAGAGCAUUGAUGUGGGAGAAAAAGCUCAGUGAGGUAUCCUUCAUCUUCGAUGAUGCCACAGAAAAUAUAUUGAGCUGGGCUCGUGAUAAGCAAGAGAUAGCGGAUGUAUCUAUGCUAGACUCUGGUAAAACUUUGCUCCUAGACUUUCUUUUGCACAUUACAUAUGAUUUCUUACUUAGAAAUGAACCUCCAAAUUCGAGAUUAUUGAUGAUAUCCAGCAUCAUUGAUCAUGGUUUCCGCAAGUCUUCCAGUAUGAUGGAUGUGACGUAGUGUUCAUAAAUGUGUCCCUCUGGGAAUGCAGAAAUUGUUUUCGGAUGAAGGCUUAAGACCUUUAUCAUCCAUGAGGUUGCUGCGAAGCACCAACUUUAAUAUGACAAGGCCUUGCAUAAGGAUUUGCAUCCAUCUAAAUUGCUUUUGAUUGGAUAGCAAUCUUCACAUCAUUUCUAAAAUGUCAGGGAACUUUGAACAUUUUGAUCUGGAAGAAGCUAUCGAGGCCUGAAGCUUAGGGUUGAGACCAGUUGUAUAUACCAUUCUGUUGCUUCUUUCUUUAUGGGACUAAGAUAUGUAUGAUUGUGAAAUGGUGUGAAGACAGAAUGCGGUAUCCCAUACAGGAUCUGGUUAAAUUAAUCAGAACUUCUCCAGCUCAAUUUUAUACGAGAACUGGAUGAUCAAACAUAAGAACUCAUAGAAGUUUGUGGAAAAUAAUGUAGAUUGAUGGAAGGUAUUUUUGUUCUUCCAUCCUAUUUUUUACCUGAGGGAUUUCUUCAGUAGUUCAGUUCCUCUUAUCAAAGGAUCAGUUAGAGGUGAUCAUUGUGACUGAGGAGGUAAGUUCUAUUGUUGUACUAUUUGUUACAGCUUCAAUACUUUUAUCUUGUUUGAAGCAAUAGUUGUAGGUUGAUUUAAAUUUUUCCUAAGAUUAAUAAAUCUUUAUUGACAGCUAGCAGUUUUUUUCUUAGUCAUUUUAAUUGAAUAAAAUGUAGGUGAAUUUCUAUUUCA